CCAGGUAACUAGGGCUGGCCGCCCUCAGUACCGGAGGGAGGCGGCGGGCCCGGGUCAGGGGCCUCGAGAUCGGGCUUGGGCCCAGAGCAUGUUCCAGAUCCCAGAGUUUGAGCCAAGUGAGCAGGAAGACUCCAGCUCUGCAGGUAGGGGCCUGGGCCCCAGCCCCUCAGGGGACCGGCCCUCAGGCCCCGGCAAGCAUCCCUGCACGGCUCCAAGCUUCCUGGGGGACGCCAGUCACCAGCAGGGGCAGCCCAGCAGCAGCAGCCACCAUGGAGGAGCUGGGUCUGUGGAGACCCGGAGUCGCCACAGCUCGUACCCCGCGGGGACAGAAGAGGAUGAAGGGAUGGAGGAAGAGCCCAGCCCCUUCCGGGGCCGCUCACGCUCGGCGCCCCCCAACCUCUGGGCUGCACAGCGCUAUGGCCGCGAGCUCCGGAGGAUGAGCGACGAGUUCGAGGACUCCUUCAAGGGACUUCCUCGCCCGAAGAGCGCGGGCACAGCGACGCAGAUACGGCAGAGCUCCAGCUGGACGCGCGUCAUUCAGUCCUGGUGGGAUCGGAACGUGGGCAGGGGAGGUUCCGCCCCCUCCCAGUGACCUUCCGUGCCACAUUCCCGAAACUCCACCCGCUCCCGUCGCCGUCGGCGGCCAUCUUGGGUAUGGGCGGAAGUCGUUUCCGCAAGCUUUAUUUUAUGCAAAGAGGUUCCGCGCUGUCUCUUUCGGAGGGAGGUUGUCUGACCCAGAUUCCCUUCCGGUGCGUGCGAGAGCCACGGACGGUUCGGCCCCAUCGGAAGUUUUGAAGUUUUGUCGCCCGUAGCCGCCGGAAGUGGCUCCGUGGCCACGCCCUGCGGCUCUGAGCUGCCCCGAGGUCGUGAGCGGGGCUUAACCGUUACGUCACCAGAGCCCGUUCCUGCGCGGUGCCCCGCGGGCUCGCGGGCAAGAGUGCUAAUAAAGCCCGCGU